AUGAACUUCUUCCUGGAAACACUGAAGGUUAUUGGACUCUCUUUUUACUACUUUCUGGAGUCGCUUGUCUUCUUGAUCGUGCCCAAGAGAAAGAAGAAUGUCAGUGGUGAAAUAGUACUAGUAACAGGAGCGGGCAGUGGCAUUGGAAGAUUGUUGUCUUUGAAGUUUGCCAGCCUUGGAGCCACAGUGGUUCUCUGGGACAUUAACCAGGAGGGGCUCAAGGAGACAAGCAGACUGGUGAAACAAAAUGGGGCGGUGAGAGUGCACUGUUACAUCUGUGACUGUAGCAAAAGGGAGGACAUCUACAGAGUGGCUGAUCAG